AUGUUUCGCGUGCAGAAAGCGCAAAUCGCGCUGCAAGACAAGAAACACAUCGGCCACAUGUAUUAUGUGCCACACCCCAGAAAUCUCCCCCCGCGGAAAUCAGCGGCCAAUGCUCAAGCUCGUUAUAUCGGAGAUCCACAUGGCUCCUCCCUACGGCCCAGAUCGUAUAAACCACAGGCAUUGGGACAGCAUGCAGAUCUAUCGGGCCCUUCUUCGGAGAAUUCAAUUCAGUUUGACUCGUCGAGAAGCUCCCCAGCGUUUCAUGCUGAUCGGCACUUAUCUGACCCGAGAAAUGAUGGUGGAGGAGACGGCUUUCCAAAUCUUAUCGGUAUUGUUGCCGAGGCCGGAGAUGACAGCUCUCAUAUUAUCAGCCCGGCUGUUGCAGACGAUAAUGAUAUUUUGGACAGUUAUCUGUCUACGGCACAGACCGAGAAACGAAGAUGCUUGGCUCGCUCCAGCUCCACGUCGAAUAGGCCCUUGAGACCUGUACGGUUCAAUGUCGUCCCUAGGAGACCAUUGGGUGUUAGUGUCAAACAGUCUGUUGCAGAGUCGAAACUAGAAGUCAUUGAACGAUACAUGGACCCGCAUAUUGAUGAGUUCUUGAACCUGUGA